GGUGAGCCCCCCCGCGUGACGGGUGCCGCGUGCAGGGGGGCGAGGACCUGGACCCCAAGUACGUGCUGAGCAGCCGCGUGCGCACCGGGCGCAGCAUCAAGGGCUACUCCCUGCCCCCCCACUGCAGCCGGGGGGAGCGGCGCGCCAUCGAGAAGCUGUCCGUCACCGCCCUGAACAGCCUGGAGGGGGAGUUCAAGGGGCGCUACUACCCGCUGAAGGCCAUGACGGAGCAGGAGCAGCAGCAGCUCAUCGACGACCACUUCCUCUUCGACAAGCCCGUCUCGCCCCUGCUGCUGGCCUCGGGCAUGGCCCGCGACUGGCCCGACGCCCGCGGCAUCUGGCACAAUGACAACAAGACCUUCCUGGUGUGGGUGAAUGAGGAGGACCACCUCCGCGUCAUCUCCAUGGAGAAGGGGGGCAACAUGAAGGAGGUCUUCAGGCGCUUCUGCGUCGGCCUCAAGAAGGUGGGGCAGGGCCCGGGGGGGUGGCGGGGGGGGCAUGGGGACAUGGGGGGGACAGGGGGGGAUGGGAGGUGUUGGGGAU